AUGACUUUUUCUUUCGACCUAGCCGUCAUCCUCCAGCAUGGGAGAAGAACAAUGAAGAGGAGAUCGAAGAAGGAAAGAAGACGAACACGACGACCACCAAGAGACAUACGAAAGUGCCACGAACCGAUGCCGGAGAUUCCUUUCGAUCUCGUGAUCGAGAUUCUUACAAGACUUCCUGCUAAAUCCCUUAUGAGGUUCAAAUCCGUCUCAAAUCUCUGGUCAUCCUUAGUUUGUUCUCGAUAUUUUAGCAACCGUCUGCUGAAGUCGUCCACACCACGUCUAUUUAUGUAUUUGAGCUUCUACGACAACAGUCACCUCAAAGGUGUACUACUAUCAUUGUCACCUUCUCCUGACUCUGACAUUACAAGUACUACGUCUUCCUUUGUAAUAGACCAAGAGUUGGCCCUUUCGGCAAUGGAAAGCUACCACGUGUCUAACGUUUUUCGCGGCUUGAUGUGCUUUGUAAAUAGGCAACGUGUCCAAAUAUACAACACUACCACUAGACAACUUGUCGUCUUACCUCAAAUAGAAGAAUCCAACAUCAUAGCAGAAGAUCACGACCUUACGAGUUUCAAGUACUCUCUUGUACAUGAUCCUGUUUAUAAUCAAUAUAAAGUUGUUUGCAUAGUUGCAAGACCCAGAGACGGUGUUGAACGGUUCACGACGUACCUGUCAGAGCAUUGGGUCUUUCUACUAGGAGGAGAGGGACCAAGUCGAUGGAAAAAGAUAUCAUGCAAUGCUCCCCCACAUCUUCCUUUAAGAGAAGGGUUGACUAUCAAUGGUCGUAUGUAUUACCUAGCUUGGGUUGUUCACUGUGUGCUUGUGAUAUUCGAUACUAAUUCUGAAGAAACUAGUAUGCUCCAAGUACCUAAGAAUAUGUUUUGCAUUGAUACUGGUCUUAUAGAAUACGGUGGCAAAAUAGCUCUUUUACACUAUACCAAUCUCCAAAGCGAAGGUGAGAUGGAACUAUGGGUUCUGGAAGAUGCGGAGAAGAAUAUCUGGAGGAGUAAGAUUUUGGUGGUGCAUCCUUCCCAAUUAGAUAUGGUCAAGAGCAUUAGUACUCUGAGGGUACAAGGUACAACUCGAAACGGCGAAGUUAUCUUGGUACCUAUAAAUACAAAUCUUUUCAACAUUUUUCUCUAUGAUUUACAAAAGAAUCAUAUAAGAAAAAUAGAAAUCGAGGGAAGACCAAACCGCCAUCUUACCGCAUUUUGUGAAGUCGUUGGAUUAGAUGAUGUUGAGAACUUAAUGUAUAUUUAA